UCGUGUUGAAAGGUCAGACAAACUAUCAUCUUUAUCAACCUCUCAACUAAACCCUCUUAUACUAUGUGGGUAUCACGGGAUUCACUUUCGCUAUCAACUUUCUCAUUUUCUCUCUCUUUAAUUUACUAAUAAAAUACGACUUUAAAUUCAGCAUAUUCAUUUCCAGCUCCUCACUUACUCAUAAAUAACUAAACCAACACAAACUAUACUACAGUAAGCUACUUGGAUAUGGCUGCUCGCAAUUUAGAGAAGAUGGCGUCCAUAGAUGCACAGCUCAGACUACUGGCGCCACGAAAAGUAUCGGAGGAUGAUAAGUUGGUGGAGUAUGAUGCUCUGUUGCUUGACAGGUUUCUUGAUAUCUUGCAGGAUUUGCAUGGCGAGGAUAUUAGAGAAACGGUUCAAGACUGUUACGAAGUUUCAGCUGAGUAUGAAGGCAAACGUGAUCCUCAGAAGUUAGAGGAACUUGGGAAAGUGCUGACCAGUUUGGACCCAGGGGAUUCAAUUGUUGUUGCAAAAUCAUUUGCUCAUAUGCUUAACUUGGCUAACCUGGCUGAGGAAGUUCAAAUUGCUUAUAGGCGAAGAAUCAAACUAAAGAAAGGAGAUUUUGCUGAUGAGGCAUCAGCAACAACUGAAUCAGACAUCGAAGAGACUCUCAGGAGGCUUGUCGUGGACUUAAAGAAAUCCCCUGAAGAAGUUUUUGAUGCCUUAAAGAACCAGACUGUGGAUUUAGUCUUAACUGCACAUCCUACUCAGUCUGUCCGUAGAUCUUUGCUUCAGAAGCACGCCAGGGUCCGGAACUGUUUGUCUCAAUUGUAUGCCAAAGAUAUUACACCAGAUGAUAAGCAGGAACUUGACGAGGCCUUGCAAAGGGAGAUUCAAGCUGCUUUUCGUACAGAUGAGAUUCGGAGGACUCCUCCGACUCCACAAGAUGAGAUGAGAGCCGGAAUGAGCUACUUCCACGAGACUAUAUGGAAGGGUGUCCCAAAGUUCUUGCGCCGUGUAGACACAGCUUUGAAGAAUAUUGGGAUAAAUGAGCGUGUUCCUUAUAAUGCUCCUCUCAUCCAAUUCUCCUCGUGGAUGGGUGGAGAUCGUGAUGGAAAUCCUCGAGUAACUCCUGAAGUUACAAGGGAUGUUUGCUUAUUGGCUAGAAUGAUGGCGGCCAACUUGUAUGUCUCUCAAAUAGAGGAUCUUAUGUUUGAGUUAUCUAUGUGGCGGUGUAAUGAAGAACUCCGUGUUCGUGCGGAUGAACUUCACAGGACUACAAGGAAAGAUGCCAAACAUUACAUAGAAUUUUGGAAACAGAUCCCUCCAAAUGAGCCUUAUCGUGUUGUUCUUGGUGAUAUAAGAGACAAGCUUUACAAUACCCGUGAACGCUCUCGUCAAUUAUUAACCAAUGGGAUUUCUGAUAUUCCUGAUGAAGUGAUUUUUACUAAUGUCGAGCAGUUUUUGGAGCCUCUUGAACUCUGUUACAGAUCAUUAUGCUCUAGCGGGGAUCGACCAAUAGCAGACGGGAGCCUUCUUGAUUUCUUACGCCAGGUUUCUACCUUUGGGCUCUCACUUGUGAGGCUUGACAUCCGGCAGGAAUCUGAAAGGCACACCGAUGUUCUUGAUGCUAUCACAGAGCAUUUAGAGAUUGGAUCUUACCGAGAAUGGUCUGAAGAGCGUAGGCAGGAAUGGCUCUUAUCGGAGCUCAGGGGCAAGCGUCCCCUAUUCGGCCCUGAUCUUCCUAAAACAGAGGAAAUUGCCGAUGUUUUAGACACAUUUCACGUUAUAGCAGAACUUCCUAGGGACAACUUUGGUGCAUAUAUUAUCUCAAUGGCUACAGCACCGUCUGAUGUGCUUGCCGUUGAGCUCUUACAGCGCGAAUGCCAUGUUAAAGAACCAUUGAGGGUUGUUCCGUUGUUUGAAAAGCUUGCUGAUCUGGAAACUGCUCCUGCUGCUGUGUCCCGUCUUUUCUCAAUAGACUGGUAUAGAGACCGCAUCAAUGGGAAGCAAGAAGUCAUGAUUGGGUACUCGGAUUCAGGAAAGGAUGCCGGGCGUCUAUCUGCGGCCUGGCAGUUGUAUAAGGCUCAAGAAGAGCUUGUGAUGGUAGCGAAGCAGUAUGGAGUGAAACUAACAAUGUUUCAUGGACGAGGAGGAACAGUUGGACGAGGAGGAGGACCCACUCAUCUUGCUAUCUUAUCUCAACCGCCAGAAACUGUUCAUGGAUCGCUCCGUGUGACUGUUCAAGGUGAAGUUAUCGAACAGUCCUUCGGAGAGGAGCACUUAUGCUUCAGAACGCUCCAGCGUUUCACAGCAGCCACACUUGAGCAUGGAAUGCAUCCCCCGGUCUCGCCAAAGCCUGAAUGGCGGACACUCAUGGAUGAGAUGGCAGUUAUUGCCACUGAGGAGUAUCGUUCUAUAGUCUUUAAAGAACCGCGUUUUGUCGAGUAUUUCCGCCUUGCCACACCAGAGUUGGAGUACGGUCGCAUGAACAUCGGAAGUCGACCCUCAAAAAGGAAGCCAAGUGGCGGAAUCGAAUCACUUCGAGCAAUCCCUUGGAUCUUCGCGUGGACUCAGACAAAAUUCCAUCUACCAGUGUGGCUCGGAUUCGGGGCUGCAUUUGAGCAUGUGAUCAAGAAAGACAUAAAGAAUCUUCAUAUGCUUCGUGAGAUGUACAAUCAAUGGCCCUUCUUUAGGGUCACAAUCGACUUGAUUGAAAUGGUGUUUGCCAAGGGUGAUCCCGGAAUAGCUGCCUUAUAUGACAAGCUCCUAGUGUCUGAAGAAUUGCAGCCAUUUGGAGAGCGCCUCAGAAAGCAUUAUCAAGAUACAAAGAACCUUCUCCUACAGGUUGCUGGGCAUAAAGAUCUUCUUGAAGGAGACCCAUACUUGAAGCAAAGGCUUAGUCUUCGUAAUGCCUAUAUUACAACCCUUAAUGUCUGCCAAGCAUACACUCUGAAGCGGAUUCGCGAUCCGGAGUACAAUGUGACAUUAAGACCACACUUGUCGAAAGACUACAUGGAAUCAAGCAAACCGGCUGCAGAGCUCGUCAAGCUUAAUCCAAGAAGCGAGUACGCUCCCGGUUUGGAAGACACCAUCAUUCUGACCAUGAAGGGCAUUGCUGCUGGGAUGCAGAACACAGGUUAAGGAGUGUCUAUCUUAUUAAUAUGUGAGAUUUGUACUUAUUUUAUGUCUGAACAACAUCAAUAAAUUCUCCUCAAGGAGUUCGAUUAUAAAUUAUUGUAUAAUUUUAUGUAAAAUUAUAAAAUAAAGCAUGAUUACUUGGAAAAAAUAUAUAUAAUCUUAUAAAAUA